AUGGCGGACGCAGUGGCUCCUGCCGACCCGGCAGCAGCAGCUCCAGAGGAGCCGCGGACAUGGAGUUCAAUCAUUUUUGGAAUCCUGAAACAAGCCAUGAUGUUCUACUUUAUUUCUACUAUGCUUGGAAAAUUCGGUGGCGGAGGACAACAGAAGACCAAUUCGACAGCUGCAGCAAAUUUGAAGGCAUUCCCUCCAUCAGUCAACCUGUUUCCAGCCGGACAGCUUUUCGAUCUCUACAUGUACCUAGAUGAAUCUGAAUUUCAAUUCAACAAUUUCGAUAAUGGAAACCUAUUCGCAAAGAAAAUGAGACUGAAGUACGGAGAUUGGACUAGCGGACCUAAUAAGGAUGGAUCAUACGUCUUUGAAAAGACUUUCCCAACGCCAGAAAUCUUGCUCAAGAACCAAUCUUACUACCUCCAUGCGUUUAUUGUCAAAACUGGACAAUCACCAAACCCUUCUGACAAAAACUACAUUCGGAGAGAGGUCGUCUAUGGGUCCUACAUGCUCAAUAAGUACAAGAAGAAGCACUACAAGAAAACUGCAAAUUUGCUGACGGGAGUCAGUGAGCAGAGUAAUGAAGACCUGGCGAAGGCGGAAAUUAUGAAGUUCGAGGUGAGUUCGAGAGAUGAGAAGUGCUACUUAUCAAGUAUCCUUUCUAUUCAGAUUCUCAACUUCUGGCAUCCAAACAUCUCCAUCAACAUCGUCGACGACCACACUAACUGGCAUAAAGGUGGUGUACCUCCUCCACUCGACAAGGAUCUCAAGUUCGCUCCAAAUGGGGAGUUCUACCACCCAAUCUUGUUCUUCAACAACUACUGGAACCUCGGAGCUGACUACAUGCCUAUCAAUGAGACCGUCAAGGAACUGAAGCUGUCGGUCACCUUCUAUCCACUCUCCCUGUUCAAAUAUCAAAUGUAUGCCAGUCAAAAUGUGAGUAGCCAGAUAGCAGGAGACAAUGAAAAUUUGCUAUAUUUCCAGAUGAGAAGCCAGUGGAGUGACAUCCUCCAGACCGAGAAGGAAGACGACGACUCUAUCAAAGUGGCACUUUUGGAAACUAACCCGAUCCUUCUCGGAAUCACAAUUGUUGUUUCCAUGCUUCACACUGUUCUGGAGCUUCUUGCCUUCAAAAACGACAUCCAGUUCUGGAAGAGUAGAAAGGACCUUGUGGGACUUUCGGUACGCUCUGUGUUAUUCAAUAUCUUCCAGUCCCUCAUCGUCUUCCUCUACAUCUGUGACAACGAGACCAAUUUUGUCGUCAAGAUGAGCGUUGGAAUCGGUCUCCUCAUUGAGUGCUGGAAGAUUCCAAAGGUGCUCAAUGUUGAAGUGGAUCGAGAGAACCUUAUCCUCGGUGUGCUUCCUCGAUUGAAGUUCAGCGACAAAGGAUCAUAUGUGGAGUCAGACACCAAAGUGUACGAUCAAAUGGCAUUCCGCUAUCUGUCGUGGGUUCUAUUCCCACUGCUUGUUGGAUAUGCUAUCUACUCUAUCAUCUACGUGGAACAACGUGGUUGGUACUCAUGGGUGUUGAACAUGUUGUACGGAUAUCUGUUGAUGUUUGGAUUCAUCACAAUGACACCUCAGGAUUAUGAGAGACGACUUCGCUCUAACUACCACGACCACCAAAAAGAUCCCUUCUGCUUUGAAAUUUCUUCAGGACAAUCUCGAAUUUCGUUUUUGAAGUCUUGGGAGUCAGAGCGAAAUCCGGGACCAUCUCUCAUAAUCCUGGAGAAUCUUUCAAAAUCCCAAGUUGAUUCAGAAUCCCUCAGAAUCUCAGAAGCUCUCGUAACUUCCCGGAAACUUCCCGAAAUUCUUGCUCGUCAAGAAAACCUGAAUAUCAGGUUCUCGGGACGUUUAAAUUCAUUCAAAAAGCUGAUCCGGAACACCGGAAUCGAAAAAUCCGGAUUCCGGAACCCAGAAUCCGGAGAUCUCAGUGUAUGGAUGUCAGAUACUCAACAUUCUUCAGAUUCAGACCUUCAAAAAGUGCUCUUCAUAAACUACAAAUUGAAGUCUGUGGCUCAUCUUCCUUGGAGAAUGCUGACCUACAAAUUCAUCAACACCUUUAUUGACGACUUGUUCGCAUUUGUCAUCAAAAUGCCAACGCUCUAUCGUAUCGGAUGUUUCAGAGAUGAUAUAAUUUUCUUGGUAAGUUUCACAAGAUCCCUGAUUAGUCGACAAACAAUAAUUUUUCAGAUCUACCUAUACCAACGCUGGAUCUACCGCGUCGACCCAACCAGAAUGAACGAAUAUGGAACUUCUGGAGAACAUGAACACGGAGUACCACCACCAGUUGAAGGGUCCACAGAUAAUGAAAAUGCCGAAACACCAGCAAUUGAAGAGUCAAAGAAAGACAAGUAG